UUGCCUGAAGGUAGGUCUGAGAUUUCUUUUUCAAAUCCUAAGAUUCAGGAAUUCAAAAACUUCCGAGUCCGUAGUACUGCAGCAGCCGAUGAGCUUUCGCCAGGACGUUUCGUAGAUCAAUUAAAAAGUAAAGAAUGCGUUUCCAAUGCCAAUAAAAAGAGAGAGGACAGAGCUGUAGAUGAAGACCUACGCUCCUUUAGUCGUUUAACUAGUAGCUUUAGAACAAUCGAUCUUGAUUGUCUUCUUUUUCGAAGCUUAGAAGCUCAGCAACUAGCUCUAACUCUAUUUGAUCUAGAACAAAAGAAGAAGGAUUUUUCCGACCAGCCCUAG